AGAGUUAUAGGCAUGGGAAAUUUGGUGAUCUUGUUGCUCUGCAUUUCCUUCCUUGAAGGAAUGGCUAAAUCAGUUCCCUACGACCAUACAGCGAGCAUUGUGUGCAUGAGCAACCCAAUGAAACCUCUCUACAGCGGCGGCAUCAUCCAGAACAGCGAAUUCAACGGCGGCUUGAUGGGCUGGUCGGUGCCCUGGGGCGCCAACGCCGCAAUCAAAUCCUCGCCGUCCGGCAACAAGUUCGCCGAAGCGUUCAGCAACGGCGCCCGGCCGUCGCGCACCGUCAUCCAGAAGAUCCAUAUGCAGACCAACACGCACUAUGCCCUCUCAGCAUGGUUGCAGGUGUCCAACAGCGGGGUGGACGUGAAGGCCGUUGUCAAGGAUCCCAGCGGCUCCUUCAUCCCCGCUGGCACCGUGGUCGCCAAGGCCGGCUGCUGGACCAUGCUCAAGGGCGGCAUGACUGCAUACUCUUCGGGUCCAGCCGAGCUCUACUUCGAGGCCGAUGCCGCCGUGGACUUCUUGGUGGACAGCGUCUCCCUGCAGCCCUUCUCCUUUGACGAAUGGAACGCGCAGCGCAGCCUGUCCGCCAACAGGGCCCGCAAGAGCGCCGUCAGGGUUGUCGCCCAGGCUGCCAACGGGAAGCCACUGGCGAACGCCACCCUGAACGUCAAGGUCUCGAGAGCCGGCUUCCCGUUCGGCAACGCGAUGACCAAGGAGAUCCUCGACAACCCGGCAUACGAGCAGUGGUUCACGUCGCGGUUCACCGUGGCCACCUUCGAGAACGAGAUGAAGUGGUACAGCACCGAGAGGAGCCAGAACCAGGAGGACUACAGCGUCCCGGACGCCAUGCUGCAGCUCGCGCAGAAGCACGGCAUCAAGGUGCGCGGCCACAACGUGUUCUGGGACGACAAGAAGUCGCAGACGGGGUGGGUGAAGCCGUUGAACUCGACCCAACUGCUGGCGGCGAUGCAGAAGCGGCUCAAUUCCGUGGUGACGCGGUACGCCGGCAAGGUGAUCGCGUGGGACGUGGUGAAUGAGAACCUCCACUACAACUUCUUCGAGAGCAUGCUGGGUGCGGAGGCGUCGCCGCAGAUCUACCAGCAGGCGGGGCAGCUAGACAGCGCGGCAAUGCUGUUCAUGAACGAGUUCAACACGCUGGAGCAGCCCAUCGAUGCGAACGCGAUGCCCACCAAGUACGCCGCCAAGAUGAACCAGAUACGCUCCUACGCCGGAAACGGCCGCCUCAAGCUCGCCGUCGGGCUCGAGGGCCAUUUUUCAACGCCCAACAUCCCCUACAUGAGGGCGACGCUAGAUACGCUCGCGCAGCUUGGGAUCCCUAUCUGGCUCACCGAGGUCGACGUCACCACAGGCGCUAUGCAGGCGAGUUACCUGGAGGAGGUGCUGAGGGAAGGGUACGGACACCCGAACGUGCAGGGCAUCGUGAUGUGGGGGGCGUGGCAUGUGUACGGCUGCUACGUGAUGUGCCUGACGGACAGCAACUUCCGGAACCUUCCCGUCGGUGACGUCGUAGACAAGCUCAUCGCCGAGUGGAAGACGCACCCCAUAGCCGCCAUGACCGACGCGGACGGCGUGGUCGAGCUCGACCUCGUCCACGGCGAGUACGACAUCACGGUGACCCACCCGUCGUUGAAGGCGCCCGUUGUGCACGCCAUGACGAUUGAUGCAUCGUCGUCGGCGCUGCAGCACGCUAUAGAUUUGAAGGCGUAG